GAUGUAACUUCAGUUCACAGCUGGUUUUAAUAAAAAAUAAUUUACUUCUGCUAGCAAGUGAAUUUUAAUAAAUAUUUAAGUAAUGCUGGAUAUUAUUUAGUUUUAUUUAGCAUAUAUUUAGCAUAUAUUUAGUUAAUAUUUGUUUAGAAAUAAUGGCGUCGGUUUUACGAAAUGGUAUUUCUAAACUUCGUAACGGUACCGUAGGAUUAUGUAAGUUAUCGUCUACGAACAAUGUACCAUUUAUUCAAGUCGCCUGCAUUAGUACACGAGAAGUACGAAAAUAUCGAGAUCCACGUCCACCGCCUUUUCCAUAUGAAAAAAAAAUAUUUGGCCCUUGGGAUCAACUUUUUGAUAAUACAAUACAUCGAUUCGAUGAUAAUUCAAAAUUAAUUGUUGUUGAAGGUCCACCUGCUUUGGGAAAAGGUGAACUAUGUAAACAAUUAGCCAAUGAGCUGGAAAUGUUAUAUGUUCCUCAAGCAAGUUUAAAUGAUUAUUACGUUAAAUAUUAUGAUUUCGAUUUGAAAACACUAGACGAUAAACUUCCUGAAGUUUGUAAAAGUUGUGAUUUACCAACAUUUUUUAAAAAUCCAACAAUCAUGAAUGGCGCAAAAGUGCAAUUUCUUUUUUAUCAAUUAAAAUUUUUUAAAACAUUAAACAUCUUAACUCACAUAUUGUCUACGGGACAGGGAGUUAUUACAGAAGGAAGUGUUUGGUCCGAUAAAGUUUUUGCAAAUGUUAUGAACAUUCAUGGAUAUUUAUCAGAUGAAUCUAUGAAAAUAUAUAAUACUACGAUUGAUCGUUCACUUUUUGAAUUAAUGAGACCUCACUUAUGUAUUUACUUGGAUGCACCUGUCAGUGUUGUUCAGGAGAAAAUCAAGAAACGAAAUAAUCCAGCUGAAGUUAAUUCAAAAGUAUUAAACGAAAAAUUCUUAUCUGAUCUUGAAUAUCAAUAUAAAUUUAAUUUUUUGAAAAGUUUGAGUGAACAUUCACAUAUAUUAAUUUACGAUUAUUCAAAUGGUGGAGAUUUUGAAGUAAUUAUCGAAGAUAUUGAAACAUUAAAUUUUGAUGUUGUGAAAAAUGCUAAAAGAUUUGAAGAUUGGGAUUUAAGAACAUCUGAACAUUGGAUAUCGAAAAGAAAAUGGUACUCUGAAUGUGAACAUAUAUUGAUUGAUUAUGCUACACCAGAAGAUGCGGCACCGGAAUGUAGAGUACCUGGUAAUGAAGCUUUACUUGAGCAUGAAGUAAAGAAAGAAUUUGGUCCACGACAAAUUUGGGAUACGUUGUAUCGGCCUUUUGAUCGUAAUAGACGGGAAAAAAAACUGUUACGUUAAAAUAUUUCAAAAAAUUUUUUCUAGCUCAUCAUGUAAUUAGGUCUGUAUUUAAAAAAAAAAUCUAAAUUAAAACAACAGUCUAAUAUUAAACAUUUUUUUUUUUCAUAUAUCUCAUUGUUAAAAUAAAUUUUAAAAAUAAAAAUUCAAUUUUUAAUUA